CCUUGAUGUGGAGGUCAAGGCUGGGAUUUCCAGAAGCCCCUCCCUCCCCAUCCUGGAGACCCCUGGACGGUGUGAGAUGAUAUGGCCUAACCUGGAAGAUUCAGACCAGGGCAGUGUGAAGCCCGUGGUGCCCUCCUCAGGAUGGUCUCCUGUGCCCUACCGGUUCUCAGACUUUGCUGUGGUGCAAAUUGGAAGCGGUGAGGAAGGGUUUUCCAGAAAGGGACCCAGCUGGAGCCUGGCCUGGGAGCCAGGAUGGCCAUCCCUAAAGCUGUACUGACCUGCCUGGGGCUGCCUCUCUUCCUAUUCUCCGGGGUGCAGGCGCAGAACCACGUGCCACCUGGCUGCAGCCCGGACCUCAGCCCCCUCUACUACAACCUGUGUGACCGCUCCGGGGCUUGGGGCAUCGUCUUGGAGGCGGUGGCCGGGGUGGGCGUUGUUACCACUUUUGUCCUUACCAUCAUCCUUGUGGCCAGCCUCCCGUUUGUGCAGGACACCAAGAAGCGGAGCCUCCUGGGGACCCAGGUGUUCUUCCUGCUGGGGACCCUGGGCCUCUUCUGCCUCGUCUUUGCCUGCGUGGUGAAGCCGGACUUUUCCACCUGUGCCUCUCGCCGGUUUCUCUUUGGAGUUCUGUUCGCCAUCUGCUUCUCCUGCCUGGUGGCUCAUGUCUUUGCCCUCAACUUCCUGGCCCGGAAGAACCAUGGGCCCCGGGGCUGGGUGAUCUUCACCGUGGCCAUGCUUCUGACCCUUGUGGAGGUGAUCAUCAACACUGAGUGGCUGAUCAUCACGCUGGUCCGGGGCGGCGGCGAGGGGGGCCCUUCGGGCAACGGCAGCGCCGCCUGGACCGCCGCCUCCCCGUGUGCCAUCGCCAACGUGGACUUUGUGAUGGCGCUCAUCUACGUCAUGCUGCUGCUGCUGUGCGCCUUCAUGGGGGCCUGGCCUGCCCUGUGCGGCCGCUUCAAGCGCUGGCGCAAGCACGGGGUCUUCGUGCUGCUCACCACGGCCACCUCCAUCGCCAUCUGGGUGGUGUGGAUUGUCAUGUACACCUACGGCAACAAGCAGCACAACAGCCCCACCUGGGAUGAUCCCACGCUGGCCAUUGCUCUUGCCGCCAAUGCCUGGGCCUUUGUCCUCUUCUAUGUCAUCCCUGAGGUUUCCCAGGUGACCAAGGCCAGCCCGGAGCAAAGCUACCAGGGGGACAUGUACCCGACCCGGGGCGUAGGCUAUGAGACCAUCCUGAAAGAGCAGAAAGGCCAGAGCAUGUUUGUGGAGAACAAGGCGUUUUCCAUGGACGAGCCGGCCUCAGCUAAGAGACCGGUGUCACCAUACAGUGGGUACAACGGGCAGCUGCUGACCAGUGUGUACCAGCCCACCGAGAUGGCCCUGAUGCACAAAGGCCCGUCUGAAGGAGCCUACGACGUCAUCCUCCCACGAGCCACCGCCAAUAGCCAGGUGAUGGGCAGUGCCAAUUCCACCCUGAGGGCCGAAGACAUGUACGCGGCCCAGAGCCACCAGGCAGCCACCCCGCUGAAAGACGGCAAGAACUCCCAGGCUCAGUCCCCGCAAAAUAAAACGAGAUGGUAGAAGCCCUCUUCCCUGAACCACACGCCGUCCUGAUGUCCUCGUGCCUCUGUCCGGGCUGGGCAGGGCCCAGCGCCUCUCCGGCCCUUGGCAUUGGAGCUGGGAGGGACCAGAGGCCACCACCCCGAAGCAGUGGACUGAGUGGGUGUCUGUGGAGCCCUGAGGGGUGUGGCUGGGGCCCUAGGGCCAGCCCCAGCCUCUCCUGGUCCCCAAGCGACUGAGGCCACAAGGAUCUGCAGAACCGCUGGCCUGCCUCCGUCCCCCUCGACGCCCUGCCCCCCAAUCACAGCCGGUGUGUCCCCAUGCUGAGGUUCUCCAGGUGGCCGUCCUCAGAUGCCCGGUCUUCACGCCAUGGGCCUUCUGGCUGUCUUUGGUGUCCGGCAUCAGCAUGCCCCGCCUAAGCCUCGGUGAUUUCCUCCAUGAGUGUUGGGAGCAGAGCCCUGGCGGAAGUUGGCUCCUUUCUGUCUUUGUCCUCGGGGCCUCUUGCCACCACCUGGACUGUGGAAGGCCCCUGAGCUGGGACAGAGCUCAGCCUGAAGCCUAGGCAGACACCGCUCCUCUUCGUGGUUUGUGGGCGCUGGAUCUGAGCCCCAUUGGUGCUUCCCUGAUGUGCCCCUUUAUGCCGUGGCCCCAUGCCUUCCCCACCUGCAAUGAGCCAGGGUGCAUCAAGAUGCGAGGUGGGGUCUGGGGACACGUUCUCAGGGGCCAGUUGAGAGUCCCGGACCCCAUGGGUUGGGGUCUCAGCUGCUCACGGAACUGGGACUUGGCUGAUGUACAGAUUUCUGCUGCACUGCUCUUCUCUCUCAUGACAUGCUCCAGAGGGUCCUGAUGGCCACACAGGGAAUGGGGGGGGGCAUCCUUUAGGACCUGAUGAUGGUGGCACUAAGGACGGAGAUGUGCACAGCUGCAGACUCGUGGGAUCGAGGUCCCUUGACUUUGUUCUGCCCUCUGGUACCAGACAGACCAGGCUGGACCAAGGGGAGCUCCCCCGGCACAUCCCUGGAGCUCAGUUCUCAGCGCAAGAGUGGCCUCUGGGGGCCCAGGGUGAGGGCGAGGACAGGGGCAGGACCUGACCUUGCCCUGUAGUCGGCCCACAGCUCUCCAGCGCCACUGUCCUGCCUCUAGCAGCCUGUGCCUUUGUUAACUGGAAUAUUUUUCUGGAGCUAAAGUGGGCUAACAGGUCCUGCAGGGAGAGUAGGGCCAUACGGCUAUGUGACAGCACCCCCCCCCCCCCGCCCCCUGCCACCAUUACCAGUCCCUGUGCUGGGUUGCUUAGCUCCAUGAAUGGAGCAUUACUUCCCUCUGAUGGAGGGGAAGGGGGAGCUCUGUGCACCUCAGGCUUCUCUUGAUCUAGGUUAGCAGCCCUGAGAUCCCUUACAGUGAAUAAAGGCACUGUCUUUGCUUUUCAAAGCGACAGUCUCCUGUGAGUCCUGGCCCCACCAGGUGGCUCCGAAGAGCAGUCUGCAGUGAAUGUGGGUUUGUUCAUAGCCCGAGUCCUCCAGGAUCUGUGCAUGGGCUUGGGAAGAUGGGCUCCUGAGAGAUGCAGGCCACCCUGGCCGAGGGACACGCAGUGGCCCUGCUGCCUCCAGUCCUUGGACAAGUGGAAAUGAUGGGUGUGUUUUUAGGAGAAAGGUGCCUUCCCCCAAGGGGUCCAGCUACAUCACAAAUGAGCCUGGAAUGGAAAACAACGAGAAGAACCUAGAACCCGUUGACGGUGAUCUCAGACCAACGCCGUGGUGAAUUCACACCGUCCCUCAAGUCAGCUCGAAGCAGAGUGGUCUGGACCCUCACUGCUCAGAAUCAGAUGACCUCAUACUCUCUGAGGAAUUACGACCACAGAAACCCUGUGUGUUCAUGGAGAAUUUUUCUGGGAAUGAAUAAUACAUAUUUUUAACCUA